UCCAAGCCAACAUGAAAAUAUUCACUUUUAACACUCUUAAAGAUGUUAAGAUAAAAUUCAUUAAGUCUAAUUAUUUUUCCUUGUUUAGCAGAGUUCAGUAUUCGUCAAAUCGUUUACCCAAAAAGUAGAAUAUAUUUUUGUUUGAUUCAGUUAUAAUGGCGAGUAUUUAUUUGCCUCCAAUCGCCCGCAAGAAAAAAGUCGAUGGUUGGCCCAGGCAGAAUACCUCUAGAGUAUUUCCAGAUAUGGAAGAGAAUGCCAAACAAGAAGGUACGAGUUACACAUCCCAGUUUAUACGCCAUAAUGUUCCUCCAGCACCCCAAAGGAUUGCAUCUGCAAGUCGUAAAAAUAAACCGCAGCCAAAAGCGGUAACAUUCCUACGACAAAACCCAAGAUUCGUGUGUGAGCCAAUAUGCCAUGUGGACACAACCGUACAAGCCGAAGAUAAUGGAAAUGUUCUUUCAUGGUGGCCAGAUGAAACAGUACAAACACCGGUGAAGAAGCCUUUGUAUAGCCUAAGUUCCACUUCAAGAGCUGAUUAUAAAAACUUUCAUUCCUGCAGCUCUCAGACUGGAUACUCUAGGCAUGAGAACCUAGGUUCUAAUGCACCAAGGUCUAAGGGUGCUGUGGGGAUUGUACCAGGAUACAGAACCUCUGAGAAUUCACACCCUAUUUUAGAGAAAAUCUCUUAUGAACAUCAGUUUAACUCAAGGCUAGACCCGAGUCAUCCUGUUAGAGGUAAGCGACAUGGAUGUUUUGUGUGGAAAGUCGUAACACCAACAAGAAAUAAACAUGGCAGGGAUAGGUCAUUAAGCACAAACAAAAAUGAUAUAAGAGACGUGUCUUAUGAACUGACAAAUGCUGAAGCAAUUGAUGAUAACAUGGAUGCCAAGUCAAUGGUAUCAACUUUGAGUGAUAAAACUACAAAAGUUGUUAAAAGCAAUGCAAAGGGAUCCAACGAACUGCAGUUGAAGAAUGAUGCAUGGUGUGCCCCAGCACCCAAUACCAACACCAUGGAUGUUGAUAGGCUACAAGAGCAAACAACACAAAGUGCUGUCUACGAAAUGACUGAUGACGAAAAGAAAGACCUGAUAAAACCUUCAAGACCAAGGCGUCUUUCACCACCACCCCAUACAAUUUGAAUCAUUAACUUAUAGAUUAAAAAUAAAAAUACCAUGAUAUCUUAAGGUGUCGGAUCAAGGUCUUAAUUUCUAGAAUGGUCCCUAAAAUGUUGAAUUUUUAUAGCAAAACCAAAUGCUUGCAAUAUCAAAAUCAAAGGAGUCAAAAGGGUAAACUUCAAUUUGAGUUUAAGAAAAAGAGUUGUGUAUAUGGAAACAACAUUUCUAUAUUGUGCAAAUAAUCAAAUUUUGUCUUCUCAUUACUUUUACAAGAUAUAGAAAAAAAAUACUGGAAAUUUUUUUUU